ACCUACCUUGAGGUGGGAGAGAAGGGACUCCUACCCCCCUUUGUCGACCGGCCAUUUUCUCUUGAGCUCAUGCGACUUGCAGUUUCUCUCCAUAAGCCUCACUUUUCUCCGUCUUGUCUUCGAAGCGUGUUGGCUUGGAAGCCUGUACUCUCGCAUUCUGUCUUUCUCCGUCUAACCCUCGCUAGAAAUAGAGAUCAGGACCUUCAGUUGUUUCUCGGCUGCGCAGCAGUCUCACCGCCACGGUUCCACCCCAAAGGUCCAACCAGAGACAUUCCCAUCGCUCGCAAUAUUCUGUCUGCCACUCCCGCGCUCGCUCUCACCUUGACCUUUGCGACAACGUUCCCGAUAUCAUCUCGCCACUCUCUUUCGCAGGCGGCGCACACCGCACUCAAAAGCCCAACAGCCGUUGAUCCUCCUCGCCCAUCGCAAUGGCUCCCUUGACGAAAGCAGCUGCCAACGGCGUUGCUGCUGCCUCCGCCGCCAAUGGCGAAGUCAACCAUGAGCCCAUCAACGUCAUUAUUCCUAUCGGCGGCAUUGGCUCCCGCUUCGCAAAGGAAGGCUACCGCUACCCGAAGCCCCUCAUCAACAUCGUCGGCCGGCCCAUGCUGCUGUGGCUCAUUGACAACCUAAGCCUCAAGCCCGGCGACACCCUGUGGAUGGCCAUCAACGAGGAGGUCGACGACGAGUUUAGAAUCGGCCAGCUCGUGAGCAAGACCUUCUCCAAGAUCGACUUCAGGCUGCUGCGCUUGCGCCAUCAGACCAAGGGUGCCAGCGAGACGCUCUACAUCGUCACACAGAGCAUGACCAAGAAGCAUCUCGAGCGCAAGACGGUUUCCCUUGAUUGCGACACCAUCUACUGGGCCGAUGUCCUCCAGGACAUUCGCAACAUGCCAAAGGGCCAUGGCGGCUGCUUCUACUUCCCCGAUGUCGGCGACAAGCCCAUUUUCUCAUACAUCAAGACGGAGCCUACCAAGGACGGCUUGGAGCGCAUCGUCGAUAUCCAGGAGAAGAAGGCUAUCUCCAACAAGGCGAACACGGGCGCAUACGUCUUCCCCUCUGCCGGUCAGCUCAAGUCGUGGGCGGCUGAGAACCUCGACAUGAAGAGGCCCGACGGCUCCGAGGUGGGCGAGUACUACACCUCGCAGAUGAUCGCUCUCAUGAUCCAGAACGGUGUCCCCUACCUGGGCAUGCCCGUUAGCACCAAGGAUUUCAGCGUUGUCGGCACGCCCGAGCAGCUCAAGGACCUCCUGAAGCUGCUGAAGACAGACACCUCCAACCUUCCCAUCAAGCUGAAGAAACGCCGCUUCUGCUUCGACCUCGACAUGACCUUGGUCGGCGUCCCCGCUGUGGCCGGGGACUACUCCACCUGCCCUCCCAUUGAAAAGAACAUCCGCCUUGUGCAGCAGCUGUACAACGCAGGCCACUACAUUAUCAUUCAAACGGCCCGUCGCAUGCGGACACAUCACGGAAACCUGGGUUCCGUCCUUGCGGACGUUGGCCCUGUCACAUUUGCCCAGUUGGCCAAGUACGAAAUUCCUUAUCACGACAUCCACUUCGGCAAGCCUUAUGCCGACGUCUACGUUGAUGAUCUGGCUGUCAAUGCCAACUUGGAUACCAUGCGUGAAAUUGGCUGGCUUCUGGACGAGCACGAUCCCGCCGCACUGAUUGGGCCCGAUGCCGGAACCGCAGAGGAGGCGAAGAAGGCCGGCAUGAUCGCUGCGCGCGACUUCAACACCAUCCAGAUCAUCGGCGACAAGGUGAUCAAGUCGAGCAAGUCGGAGAAUAUCCUCGGCGAGCUCUUCUUCUACUCCCACAUGCCCGCCGAGAUUGCUCACAUCUUCCCCACCGUUUACAACGUCGACUACAUCCCCGACACGACCACGUACAACAUCACCAUGGAGAACCGCCGUGGCUUGACCUUCUCCCACCUUCUGGUCGGUCGCUCGAUUACAAAGGGCCGCCUCAUCUCCUUGUUGAAGGCUCUCCACUCUGUUCACACCACGGCCAGCACCGACAAGGCUACCCUCAACAUCCCCAGCGCUCUGGAGAAGAAGUUUGAGGAGCACUCCCUGGCGCGGGCGAACCACCGUGUCAACAUUUACGCAAACUACGGCUCGAAGCUCCGCUCUCGGUACUACCAGCACCAGGAGAAGUACGAUGCUCUCGGUCCCCUUGCCGCUUCCCUAUUCGCCCGUAUCAACGAGUUCCUCGACACGUACGAGGCUGAGGAGAAGGGCGUGCACGCUCAGGUUAUCCACGGUGACCCCGUCUUCAGUAACGCCAUUCUCUCCAAGGACGAGAAGCUCGUCAGCUUCAUCGACGUGCGCUGCCAGCUCGAGAACACUCUAACCCCCGAGGGUGACAUUCACUACGAUCUCGGCAAGGUUCUGCAGUCCCUCUGCGGCUACGACCACAUUCUCUUCAUGAGCGCUAACAAUCACGACCUGCGCGGCGCCCUGGACGUUGACCAACCCCUUCUCGAUGAGGCCGACUCGGACCUCCUUGAGAAUCUGCAGGAGUACUUCUUCACCUUCCUCGAGGAGACGUAUUCUGUCCGCCUGCACCGCAAGACUCUCUUCCGCAUCACUGCCUCCCUCUUCUUUAGUCUCAUUCCUCUACACCGGCCGGAGCUGGGCGCCGUCUUUCUGCGCAUGUGCAAGGAGACUCUCGACAAGGCCAGCAACAUCAACUACGGCCCCGGUGCGCGCUCUACGGCAGGCGUCACGCUCAGCCGGCGGGCGAGCUCCAACUUUGGCUCUGAUGAGAAGGCCCGCGAGAUGCCUAUCGUUUCCGGCAAGGGGGAGAAUCUGUCCAUCCCCAACGUCGUCGUCACCACGAAACAGUAGAUCUGCGAUGGCGGUGUCAUGGGAGAUGGUGUUAACGCAAUGUUUACGGUUCAUGUUACACCGAACAAUCGAACCGAUAGGAUACGACGGUGGGGGUGGAGUCGCUGUGUCGUGGGGCCAGAGCUUACUAGGAAGGGAAAGCGGAGAGCUCAUGUGGAGUCUCGUCGCAUCAGCUCGAUGCGGGAAAAUAUCAUCUGUUAGAUUUGCGCCGUGGUUUUUUAAGGGACAAGGAAAGCGUUUCGUCGGUCGUCGGGUUGUAACGUUAUUUUACUCUCAAGUCUACGAAGCUCAUGUAUGACCAUAUCAAGAAAUCACAUUACUUUGUAAGGAA